AUGGCUCUCCUUAGACGUCUCGCCGUAAAUGCACCUCGUGGUGUUCGAGUUCUUUCUACACCGCCUCCGACACGUGACGAACUCGAUCUGAACUUUAACAGCCCACGAGAGGCGUUCAAGAGCAAGAAGACAAGCGAGCUCGUGCGAGCUUACCUCGUCUAUCAAAUAUGCUCGAUCAACUGGAUUGUAGAGAACAACGACAUGUUGAUGAAGAGACUGCGCCAAGUAGUCGGGCAGAGGCUCUUCGAGGCGAUCAUGAAGGCGACUUUCUACGGCCAGUUCGUUGCCGGCGAGGACCAGAACAAGAUCAAACCCACCAUUGAGAGACUGCGCUCAUUCGGAGUGAAAUCCAUAUUGGACUACUCUGUGGAGGAGGACCUGUCGCAGGAGGAGGCCGAGAAGAGAGAAGUCAGUGCUUCGAUUUCGGCUUGCGGCGACAAAGCGGAAGAGGGUCAGAUCAAGCAGUACCAUGUGGAACAGCGCUUCGCUGACAGGCGGUACAAAGUGACUAGUGCGCGUACCUACUUCUACCUCAACGAGGCAUCGUGUGAGAAGAACAUGGAAGCUUUCUUGAGGAGUAUUGACGCUGUUGCUGGUAUUACAAAGAGCACAGGGCUGAUGGCGAUCAAGCUGACCGCUUUGGGAAGACCUCAGUUACUUCUGCAACUGUCGGAGGUGAUCAUGCGCGCGCGCAACUACAUGCAGCAGAUCGCGGGCGGGACGGGCAACGUGCUCACUCACCACAAGACCAUCGAGGACUUCCAGCGCUACUUCGGCGACCUCAGCUCCAAGCCCGAGGUGCAGGAGUUCAUGCGCAAGAUCACCUCGGAUAAGGAGGGCAUAGUCCACUUGUUCCCUUGGUCGAACAUUCUCGAUAAGGACAUGAAUCUGUCGGACUCGUUCCGCGUCCCGGACCCGAAGAGCGGGCAGAUGCGACGCCUCAUCUCCCAGAUAUCGCCCAAGGAGGAGGAGAUGUUCCGCAACAUGCUGCGCCGUUUGAACCACAUCAUCCAGGUCGCCAACGAGGCUGACGUCCGGGUCAUGAUCGACGCGGAGCAGACUUACUUCCAGCCGGCCAUCUCGCGGAUCUGCUUGGAGAUGAUGAGGAGAUAUAAUAAGGAUAAGUUCCUCGUGUUCAACACGUACCAGACGUAUCUGAAGAAUACGUACAAUGAGAUUGUAACGGACUUGGAACAGGCUCACCGUCAGAACUUCUACUGGGGCGCGAAACUUGUGCGCGGCGCGUAUAUCGAGCAGGAGCGCGCCCGAGCGGCGGCCAUGGGCUACGAAGACCCGACGUGUGAGAGCGUUGAGGCCACCACCAAUUCCUUCCACCGCUGCCUCAAGGAGAUUCUGGGACGCGCUAAGACGGACGGCAAUAAUCGCGUGGGCAUUAUGGUGGCGUCGCACAACGAGGACACCGUGCGGUACGCGAUACAUCUGAUGAAGGAGCACAACAUCCGCCCGGAGGACAAGGUGGUCUGCUUCGGACAGCUGCUGGGCAUGUGCGACCACAUCACCUUCCCGCUUGGUCAAGCUGGCUACUCGGCCUACAAAUACGUCCCUUACGGACCGGUUAUUGAAGUGUUGCCAUAUUUAUCGCGACGCGCCAACGAAAACCGAGGCUUCCUUGCGAAGAUCAAGAAAGAGAAGGGCCUCUUGCUGAAGGAGAUCACCCGUCGCCUGGUCACCGGGCAAGUUUUCUACAAGCCCGUUGGAAACUACACACCAGUAUAA